AUGGGAAGGGUAAAUGACAGAGAAAAUGGAAAAAAGGCGGUGCAGAGUUCAGUGAAAAAAGGGAAGAAAAACGUAGAGGAUGAGAAGCGUAAAAGAAUUAGCAGACCUGCAUGGAAUAUAAAGGGAUUGAGAUAUGCUUUCCAGAAGGAGGUCAAUAGAUUUUCUGGAUGUAUUGCCACUAUAAAUGAGAGAAAUCAGAGUGGCAAAACUGAGCAAGAUAAGAUUGCGGAUGCGAAGGCUACAUAUGAAGCAAUAUACAAAGCAAAGUUCAACCUUGAUCAUGCUUGGAUUUUAUUGAGGCACCAACCAAAGUGGUUACAAACUCAAGAAUCAGUGAGUAAGAAGCGUGAAAACCAAUCUGACUUCACUAGUUUCUCAUCAUCUUCUACUGAAAGAACUCCCAUAGAUGUUGACCAAGACAACACCAAUGAUGCUUAUGCUCCCACAAAAAGACCACUAGGUAAGAAGGCCGAAAAGAGAAAGAUGAAAGAAACCACUAGCGAUGAGCCCACUCCUAUUUUGGUGCAAAUUCAAACAUUACAUGAAGAAAAAAAGGAAAGAGAUGAAAGGAAAAUGGAGCUUAUUAAGAAGAAAGUUGAGCAAGAUGAAAAAAAAACUCCGACUCAAACAAAUGGAGUUCGAGACGAAAAUUAUGUCUAUUGA